AAAUUCCAAUAAGGAAGUCUAACAUUCAUUUUAUUUCUCUUCAGAAUUACAGAUUCACUCUAACUGUGAAAUUCAGAAACUAUCUACAAAGUUGUACGUGUUUGUCUAAGCAGUUUGAGCUACUAUUGACGUGUUUGCAAAACUGAGAUAUUAUUAGUGGGCACAGAACCUAAGCUAGUGAUGGCAUCACUUGAUAAAGAUUAUCCAUGGUCCCAAGAAGACAUUCUGAAGUUACUGGAAUGCAUCAAGAAAAAUAUCCCCUCAGAUGACUCCACAUCAUUCAAAAAAACCCAGGAAGACCUAGACUGGGGCAAAGUGGCUUUUAAACAUUUUUCAGGCAAAAUGUGCAAACAAAAGUGGAUGCAACUUUCUCAUACUUUGAGGAAGUUCCGCACACUGUCAGAAUUAGUGCUAGAAGCCAGUGAACAUAUGAAACAACAGCCCAAAAGGAAGAAACACCCUGACUUCCCCAAAAGACCCCUGACUGCCUAUAUGCGCUUCUACAAGGAGCAGCGGGCCAAGUACUCUCAGCGCUAUCCUAAAUACAACAACUCGCAGCUGGCCAAACUCCUGGCUGAGAAAUACAAUCAGCUGCCAGGGGAGAUCAAGGAGAAAUACAUUCAGGACUUCCAGAAGAAGAAGCGGGACUUUGAGGAGAAAGUGACUAAAUUCAAGAGAAGCCAUCCUGAUGUAGAGCAUUAUAAGUAUAAGAAAUCUGUGGUGCUCAGGAGCCAGGAAACCAAAGUCCCUAAGAAAUCACAAAGAAAUAUGGAAAACAUGAAGUCUCCUCCAAAAACAGAUCUUCCCAAAACAUCUCCCUCAGUGAUGAAAUUUCAGGGAGAACCCAAGAAACCUCCUAUGAAUGGAUACCACAAAUUUCACCAAGAUUCGUGGUCAAGUCUGGAGCUGCGCCAUCUACCCUUGAGGGAGCGCUGGGUUGAGAUGAGCAGAAGAUGGCACCGAGUCCCGAAGAGCCAGAAAGAGCACUAUAACAGCCAGGCCGAGGAGCUACAGAAACAAUACUGGGUAGACAUGGACCUCUGGCUCAAGGGAUUGUCAUCUGAGGAGUAUGCCGCCUACAGAGAGGCGAAGGCAACCUAUGGUAAGGGAAAGAACUUCGCCAUGUCUGGACAGACAUAUCAGCAGUCUGCUUCAGCAGAGGAGCAGCAAAAUAGGUCUCGGGAAAUGCAAGGGCUGCUGACUCCUGGAACAGAUUCCUCGGAGACUAUUGAGGGCGCUGAUGGUGGCUCCCAAGUAUCCAGGCAGAAUAUGAUGGAAGAUGGAAAAGAGGAAGACUCUAGCAGCUCCUUGGAUGACUCUAGCACUCUGAUGACAGACUCUCUAGCAGCUCUGACGACUAGCACUCCGAUCACUCUGCACUCCGACGACUCGCACUCUGACAUCUGA